GAUGUUUUUGCUUCAGACGCUCGAUGCACAAAAUUCAUUUGGUUGAUUUUUAAUAAAAUUUAAUUAUACAAAUAUGGAACAGACUAGUCCCCUGAAGCCCAAGCGAAAAGACAAAACCGAAGACAAAUAUCGCAUUGCAGCAACGAUUGCGUUCAUUGUGGUCAUCGUUGGGAUUGGCGUGCCGAUGUGGUGGAAAACAACAACUGUCUACCGCGUCAGUUUGCCUUCGUCGGCUAUUCAGCGUUUAAGUGAGCAGCCCAUCAAAACAGCUGUCCAAAUUGCCAUUUAUACUCAGGAAACAAAUCGCGGACAACUGCUCAUUACGGAACUGGAAACCGCAUUUGCCGACAGCGAUAUAUGGAACGUGGAGUUCAAGCAGCUGUUGCCAUUUGCCAAAGCGGCUGAGGUGCAUACGCCGGCUGCUCUGGAGAAGCUGUUGCUUCAGGCGCAUCCCCAAAGCGUCGGCGAUUUCCUAUUCAUUGAAUGGGCAAAGCUCGAGGAUGAGCUGCUGCUGACCACGGAACGAUCGGCGCUAAUGCGCAGCGAUGUCACUUCCACCAAAAUAGCGCAGCUGCUGCACUCGAAGAUCCUGCAAACGUAUCGCAUCAAUCAGAUACUGAGCACUGAUGAGCGACUGGGCACCAAAUCGGAGGCACCACAGCCCGCCUACGAUGUCGUCAUAUCUGUCCUAAAUCCCAAGCCAAGACUCACGUUUGCCCAGUGGAAUGUUGCUAUGGCUGCACAGACAUAUAUUGAGCCAUUUUUGGCACAGAUCUCCGAUAUAUCCAACUAUACGGUGCGCACUCAAUGGAAAUAUCGUGUUUCGAUUGAGGCGGAUCUGAAGCAGAUGCGCGAUUCAAGCAAACUGGGUCGCCAUUAUGCAUUGCAGGAGUCUUCGCUGCCCCAUUUGCUCACUUCGAUUGCCCAAAAUCUGAGUGGUAGUAUUACGGAUAAGCCUGUUAUCAAUUUAGUGGUAUAUAUACCGCCCUGCACCACGGCACCGCUGCAUAUCUACAACAGCAAGCAAGAGAUGCUAACUAAACAUGGCGUUGACGCUUUCAUUUCGCCGCCUUGGGGCGGUUUCAUCAUUGCCAAUCCACCGGAGCAUGUGUGUCUGGCCCAUUUGAAUAAUGAACCGCCAGUGGAAUAUUAUGUUAACACCAAUGACAACAUGCAGGUGAUGCUGGAUCAGUUGCACAAGCUGCUGGACAUCAGUAGUGAGGUGCAAGUAGCUGGCGUCAAAACGGUGGACAUCGAGCAACUCGCUCCAAGACGCUGGGAAUAUGAAUCAUAUAUGAGACGCAGCGCCAUUCGCCACAUUGCCACGGCCAGCAAUACGCUGCAGAGCCUCAUCAAACUGCUGGAUCAAAUCAGCUACAUUGUGAUUGACGACAAGGUGGGUGCUGCCAUUACCAAUUCCUAUGUGGACAUAAUGGCUGCCAAGGUCGCGCUGAUCGAGCAUCGUCUGGUGGAUGCUUCGGCGCUGGCGAAGCGUGCUUUUGUGGCCUCGGAACGCGGCUUCUUUGAUGCGAGCCUAUUGGCCCAACUCUAUUUUCCCGAUGAACAGAAAUAUGCCAUAUAUAUACCACUCUUCCUGCCCGUCAUGGUGCCCGUGUUGAGCUCUUUUAAUAUGCUGCGCAAAUUGUUGCACGGCCGGCGGAAGGAGAAGCAGCAAUAAAUGAAACGAGGCGAAACGAAAUGAUACCAAACUUUUAAUUAAACAAUUAAGAAGAUUCUUUAAACUUGAA